AUGUCUGGUCCCGGUGUCGGCUUCGAGUACCCGCGACAGGAGGUGUCCUGGCUGAAGCGCGAUGUGCUGCUCUUCGCCAACAGCAUCGGCUGCAAGUCGGACGAGCUACACUUUCUCUACGAGCUGCACCCCAACUUUUCCGUCUUCCCCACGUAUCCCCUCGUCCUGACCUUCAAGGGCAACACCCAAGAGGUCGUCGACUUCUACAAGGCCCAAAAGGCCGUCAAGAUCCCCAGCGUCCCCGAGUUCGACUACCGCCGUGUCGUCGACGGCCAGCGCAAGAUCGAGUUCCUCAAGAAGCUGCCCCCGUCGUCCGAAGGCGCCAAGUUCGAGGCCCGCACCAAGGUGCUCGGCGUCUACGACAAGGGACGGCCGGGCUCCGUGCUCGACCUGCAGACGGACCUGGUCAACGCCGCCACGGGCGAGGUGCACACGCGCGUCACGACGAGCAGCUUCUUCGUCGCCCAGGGCGGCUGGCACGGCCCCAAGGGCCCGGCCACCAAGAACUACCCGCCGCCCAAGGACCGCGAGCCCGACGCCGUGCUCGAGCACCAGACGACGACCGAGUCGGCCCUGCUGUACCGCCUCAACGGCGACUACAACCCGCUGCACGCCACGCCGGAACCCGGCCAGAAGAUGGGCUUCAAGGGCGCCAUCACCCACGGCCUGUACCAGUGGAACGUCACCUGCCACGACAUCCUGCGCCGCUUCGGCGCCUCCGACCCGGAGAACAUCAAGGAGUACCAGGCGCGCUUCGCCAGCCCCGUCAUGCCCGGCGACAAGCUCGUCACCCGCGUCUGGCGCACCGGCGAGAAGACGGGCGACUUUGAGGAGGUGCGCUUCACCACGCAGGUCGAGGGCGGCAAGGUGUGCCUGAGCAACGGCCGCGCCCUGGUUCGCGUCGUCGGCGAGAUCAAGAACAAGCUGUAA